AUGUCAGGAGCAGCAGACGCCAGCAGCACGAAAGCAACCGCCUCGGACAACAAGGACAACUCGCAACAGCCCCAGAAGCCCGCGGCGCAAUUGGAGGAGGACGAUGAGUUUGAGGACUUUCCAGUAGAAGACUGGGCGAAGGAGGAGGAGGUUGGCUCACAGACAGCAAACACACAUCUUUGGGAGGAGAGCUGGGACGAUGAUGACACCACGGACGAGUUCUCGGUGCAGCUGAAGGARGAGCUGAAGAAGAUGGAGUCGGCGCGGAAGUGA